AGGAAUAUUUUAGGUGUGUCCAGUACUGUAUAAAGUGAGUCACUUUACUCAGCUUACAUUCAAUCUCACACAGUUGUUUGCCGAAGACACAAUGCAAUUAAUCGCGACUGCUAUUUUCUUGGCUUUUGUUGGUUUCUGCUGGAGUGUUGAAACUAAUGCUGACAUUUUUUCUGAACACUUGAAAUGGCAAGAAACAUUGGGUACAGCUCGGCGUGAAUGUCAAACAACGCUUCACGUGUCUGAGGAUGCAGUAAGAGAACAUGGACUCGGCAACCGCACCAACAGUGAGGCAACGCAAUGCUUUGCCAAGUGUAUAUUCACAAAAUUGGGAAUGUUCAAUGAAACGAAUGGUUUUAAUGAAGACAGUUCUAUCGAUCGAUUCCGCGUGGCCAUGGUUGCAAAAGAGGGUAAUAUCCCAAGUAUCCGAGAAAUAGUGGUGAAAUGUGCGAGCAAAAAGAUAAAAACUGAAAAUGCUUGUGGAUGGGCCAAUCGCGGUUUUGAAUGUUUCAGGAAGGAAGGAUUGUCAUUGGGUUAAAUGAUUUGGAAUUUUUUUUUAAUUCACUUCAAGUUCUAACUGCAACCAAACCAGCAUGUUCUCAGUGAAAAUUUCAACAGUACUCAGCGAUGCGCGUUCCCAGAAUUUUGGCUGGUACACAGCACAUUUCACCAGUUGCAACUUCGGUCAUAUAUUCGUUGAUGCGAGUAUAGUGUGAGUACGGCUUACCAGCGCGAACUAAGACGACAAUUCACUUCGCAAGAAUUCAACCGCUUCGCACACACGUUGUAACUGGUAAACCGUACACAGGAGCCAUAGUUUGCUUUGAUUCGCAUGAACGAAUGUAUGACCGAAGUAGCAAAUGGUGAAAUGUGCUGUGUACCAGCCGAUCAACUGGUGACGUGCGUCGCUGAGUAGAUUAUUUCGAAUUUAUUUGUCAUUGCUAAUUCAUUCGCUUUUUCAACUCGAAAAAUUACCAAUAUUGUCCAAAAUGGACUUUUGUACAAGAAUUUUCAAAAUAAAUGCAAAAUUGAAAGAAAAUUGAA